UUUUUAUAACGCUCUACGAUUUCAUAACACAUGGUGUUUAUUUAUUGAGAACUCUACGGGAAGUUUCCUGUUUGGCGAGGAUGUAACAAAUGUAAAUGAAUCGAUGAAAUGUCUGCAAUCUUCAUUCCGAGCAAAAAAGUCUACAUUUAGCCGUUGCGCAGUUAUUGUUGUUCGGUUCCGUUCGAAGCAGAUAGACAAUGGCUGAAAGCCAGUUACCACCGGCGGAAGUGGACCCUGAAUUCGACCCGCCGAAGAGGAGCUCUACAAUUUUCGGGCGCGAUAUCAGCAUGAUACCCUGCUUUCGUAGUAGUUUCCUGUAUGGCAUCAGCUUCGGCAUCGGUGUCGGCUUCUUGGCCUUCCUAAAAACGUCCCGGCCACAGCUCUCAACGCAUAUCGGAUUCGGUACGUUCAUGGCCACGACGAUCGGUUACUGGUUCCCGUGUCGCUACGCUUGGUCGAAGCAAAAGUUUGACAUGGCCCAGCUCCAGGAGGCACUUAAGCAACAAGCGCUCUACGAGGGCACAGAAAAGGAGCGAGAAUUAGACGUGAAACUUGGGCACGCUUGAUAGUUGAGACAAUAGAAGCUUUUUAGAAUA